CUUCAGAGGAGGCUCUUCUGAGGCUGCUGCCAGUGGUCAAAGCCUCCAACAAAGCUCUGUAGGUGGAGUAGAUCAAAUAAAGACCCAAUCUAUAUUUGGUGCACAGUGCUCCAGGUUGUCAGAUGGUUGUACCUGAACUUUCAAACAGGUCCACAUCACAUCGCAUUUAUUAAUUUUUUGCAACAAAAUUGCAGGAGAAAGUGAAAAUCUUUUUGUAUAAUUGAUAACAAUUGCGUGUCAUCCCCACUCUCUCUACCCCCCUUUCCUCCUCAAUAAAAGGCCAAAAAAAUAACUUUAAAAAAUCUAAGAAUAAAAUGUCUAGUUUGUUGAAUGGAUCAACGUUUUGCGCGGGGGACAGCUAUGAUCAGUAAAAUGACAAUGAUUGGUCAAAUUUGCAGAAAAGUUGCGGUGAUUGUACAAAAUUUCAAGGUUGCACAAAGUCUAUUGGGAAUGGUUGAAUAUGAAUUAAUUGUUGUGAUUGCAACUUCAAUAACAAGAAUGCAGAUGAUAAAGAUCAGUGGACCACUGCUUACCAAGUGCAGAUUAUGGCUUUAAAUUUGUCUUUUACCUAUACAGUGUAUUGCAUAAAAUAUUUAAAUAUUAUUGAAAUAAUUUAUUAUUAUUAUUUUCACAAAUACUGUUUCAGGUUGAGCGGCUGUAAAUUGUCAAAGAAAGGAUGUGAAGCUCUGUUCUCAGUUCUUAACUCUAAGUCCUCUUGUCUGAGAGAGCUGGACCUGAGUAACAACAACCUGCAGGAUGAAGGAGUGAAGCUGCUGUGUGUUGGACUGGAGAGUCCACACUGUAGACUGGAGAUACUCAGGCUGAGAGUGUGUAACCUGUCAUGGAGAAGCUGUGAAGCUCUGUGCUCAGUCCUCAGCUCUAAGUCCUCUUGUCUGAGAGAGCUGGACCUGAGUAACAACGACCUGAGCGACGAAGGAGUGAGGUGGCUGACUUCUGCACUGAAGAGUUCAAACUGUGCACUGAAAACACUCCGAUUAUCUGGCUGUUUGAUUACGCAGAAAGGCUGUGCUGCACUGGCCUCAGCUCUGAACUCCAAACCCCCCCAUCUGAAAGAGCUGGAGCUUAGCUACAACCAUCCUGGAGACUCAGGAGUGAAACUGUCUGGACUGAAGGAUUCUGGGAGACUGGAAACUCUGAG